AUAGUGCGGAAAUAAUCAAUAAUAAAGGAAAGAGUCCCAUGCUGCUUAAAGACGCAAGCAGCUCGUCGGUAAAUGAAAGUGUGUUUGUUGUUGCAGCGAGCUAACCGCCAUGAUGCUGGAAAUGAGAAGAGUAGCCCUGGUGGCGGAAAUCAUCUUCACCAAGAAGGAGUCACUGCAGGAGGAAGAAACGAUUCAUUGUCGUUGCUCCAGAGCCUUCGUACAGGAUCGAGAGUUGUAUCGUUCUGAUAACAGACUUCUGCCUGACCUGGAAAACACUGUACAAGACGUAGAUGAUGGUGAAGAGGAGGAAGAGGAGACUGAGGUGGAGGAGCUGGAUGAAGAAACUCAGAUGAUGGCCAGCAUGGGCCUGCCUUUAGCCUUUGUGUGCUCCUCCGAGCAGAGGAGAGCAGGGUGGAGGUCUAACAGGAGUUCCUCAAAAUACUGUGAAGAAACAAGUGAAGAAGAGGAAAGUGAAGAAGAUCCACAGGCUGAUGAAAAAGGUGUGGGAGUAUCAGGAGGGAUCCAAGAUGCUGGCUGGGAAGCCUACUGGGCACAACAGGGAGAAGCUCUGAUGUGGAGCAGCUGGCUGGAGAAACAUGAGCUGCCGUCUUCAGAAGAUCCAGGACGGACUCCUUGGGACAAUCCGGAUACUAAAGCUCUCUGGGACAAACACGCUACAGAGACCUACUAUUCUUAUUGGGAACAGUACUCGUACUGGGCGGGACAGGGCUGGACCUUUGAGCAGUCUGCCUGUAAUGGGAACGCUGGAGGGGAAGAAGAAACGGGAAUCACGGACAGAGGUUUACAGAGCCAAUCAGAGAAACAGAGCGACAGCCCUACUGAAGCUGAGAGUAAACACGAAGAAGAUGAUGCUGAAGUUUUGCAUGUUCUGUUUGGACAGAGCUUCACAGUGGAGGCAGGUGGACAGUGUGUGGCUGGUUCAGUCAUGGUCCAGUCAGAGGGAGUGUCCUGCAGCUCUGAUGAUGCUUCUGAUGAUGGGAAUAACCGCAAGAGACCAGCUGACUCUGUACAGCAUCACAGCGCUACUACAGGCUUCCAACUGGCUGCUGCCGGGAAUAACGGACGGCACGGAUCGAGGAAUGAAACACCCGAUGGAAACGAUGAUAAUGACGAUGACGACAAACCUCCAGGAAAAGGAUGCGCUAAAGUCAAACGGAGUCAUGAGCUGGAUGUGGACGAGUGCCCACGUCUGACACCUGAGGAAGCUUGGAGUCAGCUUGGCCUCAAACACAACCCAGAGCCUCAGUUCAACAGUGUGUUCAGCUUCAAAGGAAGCUCAGCUUCAAAGAGUCAGAAGCAGCGAUGGACCAAGAGAAGAAUCAGCAGCACCAGGUUCUCAAAGACGGGCAGAGACAGCACACGUCCACAGAUCAGCACCUCCCUUUGUAAGGUUCAAAGUUUCCUUGAACAGGUCCAGCGAGAGCGAGAGUGUGACCAGAGGGAGGUGGACAGAGAGAGACACCCUGAGGACAAGCCUCCAUUUUUAAGAGAAGCUCAAGAAGAAAAAGACGGGAGGAAAAAGGAGGUGAAGAAUUCUGCAUCCAGUUUAGAUGCAGAGGGCAGCAGUUACCCCAGCAUCACCUCCAACUCUGUCACAGAGCCGGAGGAGAGUGACGUGGAGGAGAGAGAGGAGCAGCCGGGCACACACUUACCCUGUCCUCAGAUUCCUGACUUUCUCCUGCCUGACGAGCCUGAAGUUCACAGUAAAUCUGCUGAAUUAAGUGUGAAAGACACAAAAACACCAAAGAAGAAGAAGAAGAAGAAGAAGAAGCAGCAGCAGCAGGUCCCAGCAGAGAUGGCAGCUGAACCACAGCUGGCUAAAUACUGGGCUCAGCGCUACAGACUCUUCUCUCGCUUUGAUGAAGGGAUCAGACUGGACCGAGAGGGCUGGUUCUCUGUGACACCGGAGAGAAUCGCUGAGCACAUUGCCCUCAGGGUGGAGCACAGUUUCUCUGCGUCUCAGCUGGUCAUAGACGCCUUCUGUGGUGUAGGAGGAAAUGCCAUCCAGUUUGCCCUCACUGGAAAGAGAGUCUUAGCUGUUGACAUCGAUCCAGUGCGGCUGGACAUGGCUCGGCACAAUGCUGCGGUUUACAGUGUGGCCGACCGAAUCGACUUCAUACAAGGGGACUUCCUUCAGCUUGCCCCCCACCUCCACGCUGAUGUGGUCUUCCUGUCGCCACCGUGGGGAGGACCUGACUACCUAACUGCUGAGGUGUUCGACAUCAGGACCAUGAUGGAGCCUGAUGGAUUUGAGAUCUUCCGCCUGGCCAAACUGAUAUCAGACAACAUUGUGUACUUUCUUCCGCGCAAUGUUGACAUGGAUCAGGUGGCCUCUUUAGCCGGCCCAGGAGGGAAGGUGGAGGUCGAGCAGAACUUCCUCAACAACAAGCUGAAGACAGUGACUGCUUACUUUGGCAGCUUGAUAAGCCCGGGCUAAGCCAAGCACCAGUACGAGCGCCCAUGAAGGAGAACGGACCGAACAUCAGUUUCUGCUGUUUGUCAUCAUUUCUGUUCCAGGUUACUGAACCACAUCCACACAGGAUUCACUCUGCAGAUCAGCCAGCCCAGCUUACCCACCUGCCAUUUUCUAUAUCUUUAUAAUAUCUGUUUUUAUUUUGUCCUUUUAUUCUACAUUUGAGCCUAAUAAAAUGUUUUUCUCAUU